GCCGCCGAGUGGAGCGGAUAAGGCGCGCAAGGAGAUUGCGAGCGCCUCCUCCCGCGGCGGCCCCAACAGCGGACCCACGGGUCAGCGCGGCGAGCGGCAGCAGCUGAUGGAGCUGGUGGGGCUGCUCAACAAGCGGGGCAUGCUGCCGGUGGCGGUGUUCUGCUUCAGCAAGAAGAGAUGUGACUCCUGCGCCGACCACCUCUCCUCGCUGGACCUCUCCUCGGGUAGCGAGAAGGCUGCCGUACACUCCUUCCUGGAGCGCUGCCUGGCGCGGCUCAAGGAGGGGGACAGGCAGCUGCCGCAGAUCCUGCGCCUGCGCGAGCUGCUGCGGCGGGGCAUUGCCGUACACCACGCGGGUCUGCUGCCCAUCAUGAAGGAGGUGGUGGAGAUGCUGGUGUGUCAGGGGUAUGUCAAGGUUCUGUUCUGCACGGAGACAUUCGCCAUGGGUGUGAACGCGCCCACCCGCACCGUGGUGUUCCACUCGCUGAGGAAACAUGACGGCAAGAACUUCAGGUACCUGCUCCCCGGGGAGUACACCCAGAUGGCAGGUCGUGCGGGUCGGCGCGGUCUGGACGCCGUGGGCCACGUGUUGCUGGCUGUGUGGGAC